AUGUGGACGUUGCCUAUCAAUUCACCACAUUUAAUCGAAACUCGUGAGCGUAUCAGAAUAAAUGGUAAAAAUUUAUCAAAAGAGAAAUUUGUCAAUUAUUUUUGGCAUUGUUAUAAUACAAUUGAUACAGCAGUUAGAAAUGCUACUACGGCAGAAAUUAAUAUGCCAUUUUACUUUUCAUUUUUGACGACAAUGAUGUUCUAUGUUUUCAUUCAAGAACAGGUUGAUGUUGCUGUUGUUGAAGUAGGGAUUGGUGGUGAAUUUGAUUGUACAAACGUUAUUCAAAAACCAGUUGUGUGUGGAAUUACGUCAUUAGGAUUUGAUCAUGAAAAACUAUUAGGAAAUACAAUUGAGGAAAUUGCUUGGAAUAAAGCAGGCAUAUUUAAAGCUUAUUUAUCAAUAGCUCCACUGUUAGAGGAUUAUCCACAAUAUCCGUUUCCAAUCUCGUUAGAUGGAGAAGUACAGAAAAAUAAUGCAUCGUUAGCAAUUCAACUCGUUUACUUUUGGUUAGCUGAAAAAGGUCUUUUGAACAAAAAUCAUCCGCUUGUUCAAUGGUGUGAAGAUAAAAAUACGUAUACCGAAAAUAUCGCAAAUUGUGUAGGACCUGUAUUUCAAUUAGAAGAUUUUGUAUUUAAAGGUUUAGCCGGUUGUCAAUGGCCUGGAAGAAAUCAAAUCUUUGAUCGAAAUAAUGUGACCUAUUACAUCGACGGAGCACACACACAAGAAUCAAUUGAACAGUGUAAAAAUUGGUUUUUGAGCAAAACACGCGAUCAUAGCAGUGACAGGACUAUUUUAGUUUUUUAUUGUUCAAAUGAUCGUAAUCCUGCAACAUUAUUACUACCAUUACUGGAUUGUGAGUUCGAUGAAAUUUUAUUUUGUUCACCAACCGUCAUAGUAGAUACCAAUGUGAAGGAUGAUAAUGAUCAAUGGCGUUUAAGCACUAGUAUGCAGUUAGAAAGACAACGUUUAUCAACGCACGUGGAAAUUUAUAAUCAACUGUACUUGAAAUCAAAUAACAGAAAAAGAGCAUACGUUCAAUGUUUUGAUUCCGUAACUGAUGUUAUCGGUUGGAUUAUAUCGAACAAAAUGAAAAAGGAUUUGGAUAAUGGAAAUAUUAUGCCACAAAUAAAAUCGGACCAAAACGUUCGCAUACUCGUCACCGGAAGUUUAUAUUUAGUUGGGGCUCUAUUGAAGUUAAUUGAUCCUGAUUUGACUGGCAAAUAA